AUGCAAGCAUCAUUGCAUCCACAUUCUUCUUCACCACCGCCAUCAGCAUCCUCCCCCCCCCCCCCCCCCGGACAUCCGCCCCCGUGCGCGAACGUCAAGGUAGCGGCGCAGCAGCCGCUCGACCGAGUAGAAGAACUGUCCUUGAGACAGGCCGCACUGAGCAGCAUGCAGCGUUCGCCGUCUGGCUCCAGUUCGAGCCAGGGCAAGGCUCCGCCGCUCGACCCCGCUACGCAGCUGCAGGACAUCCGCUUGUUUGAACGGAACCUUGGCAAGUCUGUCAACUCGCUCCGGCAGCUCCGCCGCCGUUACUUGGUGGUGGUCGGGCUGCUUAUCGCGAGUUCGGCCUACUGGACAUGGCGUCUGCGGCAAAAGCUGACCGAGUCUGCCCCUCGCGAGACGCAAGAGUCAAUGCGCCUGUGGUUUGCGUGGGCGCUUUUGGGGAUUGCCCCGACAGUCAUCUUCUUCGCCGCCAUGUACCAGAGCACGGUGGUCAUGCCGAGCCGGUUUGUCGAGCGCCUCAACAGGUCGCUCUCACACUAUCAUGUCGCCUAUAGUGCAGAGAAUGGGCGGUUGUUGCGCGCGGCAAAGCCGGAGCUGGAGACGAACUUUCGGCAGCCGGUUCGUUUGCGGGCUUCGUAUCGAGGACGGGCCAAGUCGAGUGAGCGGUAG